CAACAACACCUGUCGUUACGACGGCGAACGUCUGGCUUUCCGCUAGUCUGACGUAUAUACGGCUGUCGCAGGUUCUCCCGAGAUUCUUGUCGCGUAGUCCUGCCGCCUGCGCAUUGAUUGUCGUUCUCUUUUUCCAGCGCGAUUUAUUUAUUUUCUUCGUUACGCGUUAGUCGCGCAGCGAGAUUGUCAUCCGGGUGUGUUGUUUGUUGUUAUUAUUGUUAUUGCGUACGAAAAAUUGUGUCAGGUCCAAUCACGAAAGAACUUUUGAUCCAAGGGAUGUCUCGCAGUGAUAGUGUGGAAAAAUAAGGUGAAGAUUGAUACUUCGUGAUCGCUGAUAGACGAGGAUGAUAGUCAAGGAGUUGUUUGCGCGAACAUUGCGAGACGUCGCGACGCUGGGUCGACGAAUUAAGCAUCGCGACUUCGGUUUUACGUAAUGUCGAUCCACUGCUACUGCUACCAACACCGUUGGGGGAACUUGUCAAGGUCACGGAUCGCGGAAAACGCACUGCAGGUCCGUAACGAGACAUCGUUGCUGAAGCCACCAUUGAUUCUACUAGUCUAGUGAAGAGCGAAGAGUUUCAUAAGUCGAGAGAGCGGAAUCCCCUGAAGAAAUUAAAAAAGGUGAAAAAAAAAAUCAAGAGAAUAAACAAAUCCACUAUUUAACGGGAUUUAAAGGAUUGAGAAAGAGGCGCAGAAUCAAGAAAAAAGAAAGAGACGAAAGAAACUUAAGACGUUAAGAAAGGUGAUGAAAUUAAUAAAUCUGAGAGAUUGGCAAAGAGAUGAGAAACGGGAGAAACACUGAGAAAAAAAUCGGAGAAACUGAAAAACUGAGAAAAAUUUGGGAAAAAAAUGAGGAUUGAAUAAUAUUUAAUGUAUAUAAGCAAAAUUAGAAAAGUUAUAGAGAUAAACGGAAUUGACUAAAAUGAGAAAUUGACGAUAUUGAAUAAAAAGAUAACAUGCGGAAAAUAAAAUAUAAAAAUAAAAGAGAAAUUGUGAAAAAAGUGAAAAAUGCUAAUUAAAUGUCAAGAUAUAGAAUGAUUCUUCAUUUUUUAUAAAUAUCUCUUUUCAAAUAUCUUAUUCGAAUUUUUUAAAUAUUGAGAAAAGCAAACAUUUUCUCGAUUUGUCUCUUCUCUCUUUCGUCGAUUUUAAUUUUCUGCUCGAUUCAAGCUAACAUCGUAACAUUGAUUCUUGAAUUAUUACGGAAAUAAAUUUGAAUUAAAACGAUAUCCGCGCGCAUGCUUCUCGGAAGAAAUAAAACUGAAAAAAAGAUAUCAUCAGACAUUCUCGAAAAAAAUACCUAACAAAGCUCAAAGGCGAUACUUGGACCUUGCUUGCGCAAAACGUCGUGAUCGCAACGGCGAAGGACGCCGGAUGCCUGACGUCGCGACGCUUCGCGGGACUUGACGAGAGCAGACAGGACGAUGAGCGUCAGAAUAGUUGUGAGUGUCACCGAGCUUACAAAUAUGGAUGCCAAGGAUCGCUACCUCGUCGAAGGCAUCGCGCUCUCUACAGCCACCGAGGAUGUGGGAGACGGGCCCCAAGGGCACGAAAACGACACCGAUUCAUAUUCGUUGUCUCAUCUUGAUCCACCUACCGAUAGUGUUUACAUGAUAUGUGGAGUGCUGAUCGCUAUGGUUCUGGUCGGCAUCUUAAUCGUCCUGCUCGCCGUAACGAUCAGCAAGCUGCGGAAACGCGAGGAUCAGUCGAGCACGGACGCGGUGCACCCUGAAGCUACGGUGGUGCAGACGGCGACCUCGCCCGGGACGAUCGGGACGGCGCCGACGACACACCCCGACGAUUGCUGCACGCAGAUAUCCUCCUCCACGACCACUAUAUCGACCGAUAUCGGCAACAGUGUUUGCAAUGAACACGUCUAUGCUGCGACUACGGUCACGCCGUCCGCCAAUCCCGUCGAGCCGUUCGCGUGGCAAUUCCCGCCCCCGUAUCCACCACCCCACCUGCCGCCAGCGCAAUACACGUUGUACAACGAUCAGGAUACUCUUGUACACGCCUUGCCGUCGCAUAGGCCUGGAUUCGCGAAGGGCUUCCGCAAGAAUCUCGGCGGACGCUGGCGUCGGUUGGUAAAACGGAAAGCCGAAUCGGAUACCUGUGCCAUUCCCCCCGAACUGAAGGAUCAGUUGAAGACCAUCUAUGUCUAUUGACGAGUGAAAGCCUGUCCUGAGAAAGAGUCUUUAAAAAUUAUCAAUAAAAAUCUGUCAAACAUGAAAAAAAAUUGAUAAAAACAAGAAGAGACUCUAGUCAAAAAGUCGAAAAAGAUAUGAAAGAGAUUGACAGGAAUGAAAAGAAAAUUAGGAGAAAAAUGAAAAGGAUAUGAGGAGUUGCUAAGAAUAUGAAAAUGAGUGAUAAAAACACAGAGAUAACUGAUAAUAAUGAAAAUGGCUAAAUAAAAUGCGAAGAAGAUUGGUAAAAAGAAGAAGAAUUGGCAAUGGAUUGAAAUAUGUUCAGGGAAGGAACAGUGUGGGUCGAUUUAAUGAUAGUUGACAUAUCAGAAAGUGCCUGAAGAAGAUGCCUGAUCGAAGUGCCUUCUUUUAUUCCACGAGCGCCUUUCUCACGAGACUGAUACCGCGAAGAAACCGCGAUACAUGGGUGCGACAAAACGAGUUAUCUCGUAGCUUCUGCCUAUACGUUUCUGCGCACUUAUAGUAUAAUCGAUAGAUCGCCGUAUUUCGGGUAAUUAACUAGUAUUAGUAUGUCGGCUUGAUUUACGGAAAAUACGAGCAGCCUGCGAUCAAUUAUUCAGCGAGUUUCAAUAUUUUCCAAAACUCAAUUCCUAAAUCUGUUUUGGAUUAGUCUCGAUCGAAUCUCGAUUUACAGUUUCAGUAAGUCAAUAAUCGCGAUCUCGAGAGGAAAUUCAAUAUUGUAAAACUUUAAGUAUUAUUUAUUAAGAAAAACAGUAGUAUAUAAUUUUCCUAAAGUGCAAACUAGUCGUAUGAUGGAUGGGAAAACGCAGCUGCUGUGUCAUCGUGCGUUAUAUUACUCUGACGAAAUAACACAACGAAACCAGCAACAAUCCGUUCUUUAUUUAAUUUAUAAGUAAACAAAGCGUUCAAAGCUAAAGUGGAUCAAAGAUAUAUUUUAAAAGGUUUUUUUUUUUGGAUACUAUUACAUAUCUAAAGCUAAAUUUACAAAUAGAAUAGACUUGAUCCAUUUUGGCUUUAUCUCGUGAAUUUCUUCUUGGGCAGUAGAUUUUUAAUCUACCUUUUGUAUAAACAAAGUCGAUCGUCCGCUUGCUCGUUUCCGUAAUUAAUUUUCGUAGCCGCUGACCUAAACAUGUAUAAAUAAAAUGUAGCGAUUUUUGGAUGUUCGCGGGAUAUAUGAUUUAAUCAACAAAUGGACUUUGGUAUUCCUAAAAUCCUCGGGAGCCUGAAGAGAAGAGGGUUCUAGGAUUCAUGAAUCCAAAAGUUCCUCCCGCUUAGAACAGAAUACGGCGCGUAAUAAUAAUAAGAUAGGCCAAUUUAUAAGUUUGAGUCGAAUUAUUAUGACGGCUCAUAUUGAGCUCGCAUCAUUGUAACGCUGACGUGAUAUUUCAUUUGUACGCUCGCAUUAGGCCUUUGACCGUUAUUGAUUCACAAUUUAAUAUGUAUUCGACGAGAAAAUAAAGUAUUAUAAUAAAUAUUAUAUUAUUUAAAGGAUUAUAACAAAAUAUAAUGUUUAAGAAUA